GCAUGGGGACCCCGUGGGCUCCAUGGCCACUCAUCUGGGCAGUGCUGCAGCUGGGCUGGUGGCCAGGAUGGCUCCUAGAAACCCCCGACAAGCCCUGGAGUUCUCUCACCUUCAACCCGCCCCAGCUCACUGUGGCUGAAGGGGAGACUGCCACCUUCACCUGCAGCUUCUCCAACACGUCUGAACGCUUCGUGCUCAACUGGUACCGUAUGAGCCCCAGCAACCAGACAGACAAGCUGGCUGCCUUCCCUGAGGACAGCAAGCAGGCCCACAGGGACCAGCGCUUCCACGUAACUCGGCUCCCCAACGGGCGGGACUUCGAAAUGAGUGUCCUCACCACCCAGCGCAACGACAGUGGCAUCUACCUCUGUGGGGCCAUCUACCUGCCCCCCGAGACACAGAUCCACGAGAGCCCCCACGCAGAGCUCACGGUGACAGAGAGAGUCCUGGAACUGCCCACUAAGAGCCCCAGCCCCCUGCCCAGGCCGGUAGGUCACCUACAGGGCCUGGUCAUCGGUGUCACAAGUGUCCUGGUGGGCGUCCUGCUGCUUCUGCUGCUGACCUGGGUCCUGGCCACUCGAGGUAAUGCCCCAGCCACAGGAACCCUAGGCCUGGAAGCCAGGAGUGAGAACCAGCCUCUGAAGGAGGGCCCCUCCCCAGGGCCUGUUUUCUCCGUGGACUAUGGGGAGCUGGACUUCCAGUGGCGGGAGAAGACCCCGGAGCCCCCUGCCCCUUGUGUCCCGGAACAGACGGAGUACGCCACCAUUGUCUUCCCUGGAAAACCAGGCUCCCCCAGCCGCAGGGCCUCUGCCAACAGCCCACAGGGGCCCUGGCCUGUGAGACACGAGGAUGGACACUGCUCUUGGCCCCUCUGAUAGCUCCUCGGCCGCCAUGACCUUCAGGCCCUGCAAUAGUAGGGUGGCCACCCGGGGCUGAACCCUGUGAGGGUCACACCCCU